GGUCCAGCUACCGUGGCGGGAGGACGUGUGCUGCGUGUGUCUCUGGCCUCGCUGGGCCAUCGCGUGUGGUGGCAGGCAAUUUGGAAAAGUUUGAAGUGUUGUCAUUAUUGUUGUGUUGUUUCUUAGCGAGUGAGCGGCGGCGCGAUGUGAAAGGCUGCGGCGGUGAUCUAGAACCAUCUGGAACACAACCUGGAAAACUUUGUUGCAGAAAUGAUUAAUUGUUGCGAGUGUGUGAUCACUCCGGAGUAUUACUCGGGUGUGGCUGUGCUCAGCUUGGUGAUGAGACAACAUGGCACCCGACCACACCUGACACUCAAGGCUUAAUAACGCAUUCAUCACAUUAUCAUAGAUCUGAGCACCCUUAGGGAAGGUUUGUGAUGAGUUGUUCAGCGUGCAGGAGUCAGGAGGCCCGGGGCGGGUGGCCCCUGGCCAUCUUCUGCCUCUCCUUCACCUCUUCCCGGCUCCUGGCCACACUGUGGGGCCUCGUGGCCCUCACACAGCUUACAGGUGUGGUGGAAGGGAAGGCCCGCUACCUCUCCCACUACCCGGCCUCUGAGGACUAUCCGCCAGACCUGCCUCACCCGGCGGCCCCGGACCACGACGCAGACGUCAAGAUGCCAGGACGCUACUUCCCAAAACUGCCCUACGCCAGGCCUUACUUAGAGGUGCCCAACCAGCUCUACAAUCACCACCAUCGCCAGAACCCCCACGAACGCUACCAGCAUCACCACCACUUCCAGCAACAGCCAUCACCACCGCACGCCACCACCACAUCACACCACCACCACCACCACCACCAUCAUCAUCACCAUCAUCACAACAUCGACGCCCCCAUGAAGCAGCGGCGGGCGAGCACGCAGGAGGAUGCUGGCGGAGGCGACAUAUUCGGUGUGGCGGAGGAGGAGGAGGGAAGAGAUCAGAGGGUGAUAGCAGUGAGAGGCAGCAGUGACAGCUUCCUGGACCAGCCUCAGGAAGACCCUACUCUUGGGCCUCCUCCAGGACCCACCUUCGACCAUAACUUACCCAGGAACAUCACAAUACAGUCAGGCAAGACGGCGGUGCUCUCGUGCAGAGUCUUCAAUGCCAACGAUAAGUCGGUGUCGUGGAUCAGACAAGACAACCUACACAUCCUGACGGUGGACAAGUACAAGUACAGCACGGACAAGCGAGUGUCAGUGGUGUUCAACGAGGCUAACCUGGAGUGGGUGUUACGCAUCGGUGGCGUCACUCCGGCCGACGCCGGCCGCUACGAGUGCCAGGUCUCCACCAAGCCCGUCCUCAGCUUCGUCGUCAACCUCACGGUUGUGGAAGCUCUGCCCACGACGACGCCCACGCCCACGGCCCGCCACACUCUGAGUGACCAGGGUAACUCUUCUGCCACACUCCACCAGGAACCCCCCACCGUACCGAGGGCAUGGGUGCUGAAUGCACCCGAGAUCUUCGUGCAUCGUGGGUCGCCCAUCAACCUCACCUGUGUGGUGGCCCACGGCACCGACCUCCCCGUCUUCAUCUACUGGCUCCAUCUGAACAAGAUAAUAGACUACGAGGGGCGUGCGGGCGUGACCAUAGAGACAGAGACGGGUCGUGACACAGUGAGUCACCUGCUGGUGAAGGAGGCGGGACCCAGCGACUCCGGCAAGUACACCUGCCGUCCCUCCAACGGUCACGAGGCCUCUGUUGUCCUAAACGUCCUCAACGGCGAGUACCACGCUGCUAUGCAGACAAAUAGAGGCGUCGGGUGGACGAUCUGGGAGGCCCUGUUCCUGAAGCUGGCGUUACUCCAUGCGCUCUUCCUCCUCCGUUCGUAACACACGCGUGUCCCGUUCUCCAGACACUCUCUCAAGCCUACUCCUCCACUCCACGUCUUCGAUUAUAGCUGCACAUUGUUGUCCUCAAACACCUCGUCGUUGUCCUCAUACACCACGUCGUUGUCCUCAUACACCACGUCGCUGUCCUAAAACACCACGUCGUUGUCCUCAAAUUAAAUCCUAAAAUCUCCUAAUCAGGGAAAUCUGUACCAAACUUUGAUCAUGCUAACUUACCAAGAGAACAUCAACAACUCCAGAAUCAACCAAUUAAGUGAGAGAGUUCCCAGAGCCAAGACAGCCAAUCCUGAGGAAAGUUGAGAGGGAGAAGCAUCUCAGAGAGUCACUUUUGGUCUCCUGCUUGACCUGACCUCUGACCUCUGGCAGGGAGGAGAGGCGUUGUUGACACUGCUCCCGAGACCUAAGGACUCUGGCCUAAUUAUCGCUCCACGAUUGAUUGAUGAUUGAUUGAUAAAGAUUAAGCCACCCAAGAGGUGGCACGGGCAUGAAUAGCCCGUAAGUGGUAAAUAUAUAUAUCGCUCCACAAGUUAGCUGAGGAUAUAUGGCAAAAUCUCUGGCCAUAGUUCUCAAGGUGGCAUAGCUGACCAUGACUCUUAGUUGCCACAGUGGAAGUAAGCUAUUGGAAGUGCGAGUUAUCUUCAGUAUGUCCUGAGUAUAUUCUGAGUAUAUUCAUGUCAUUCCAAGUAUGGCUUACAGCUUGCAAGGCUUGCAUCACAUGUGGACUCCAGACACGAUAUGUGGAUGACACCCAGCAUGAGGUGUUGACAACAUAAACAUGUACAGAAAUAUGGGUGUUGAUGUAUGUAAAUAUGAUGAAACAUUUACCCAUUUAAAGGACAUUGCAAUACUCGAUAAUGGUGCCGAAUUUGUGGUGAUUUUUAACUUGUACAUUUAAGAUAAAAAACAGGUUAAGUGCUCCUCAAAUGAAGCAUGUGAGAAAAUAUUUAUUGCGCCUGUGUUAAAAUAAAAAUAAUGACAAUGGUGUUUGCUACAUAAUCAUAGCUGUGUAGUGCGAGUUCUCGAAAUAAAUAACAUUAGACAUUUUUAUACCAAUUUUACCUUCUAUAGUAUCUCUUCUGGAAUUUUGUUGAACAAUUAAAAUGUUUCAAAUGGUUAACUACAUAAUUAAUAGUCAUUUGCAUCUGUACUUGAGAAACCACACAAUAAACUCUACCCAAUAAACGAGAUAUUUCUUACAUUAAAGAAGAGUAUUUCAUCGGUAACAAGUGAGUAUCUUUACUAUUCAAGCUUUAUGGAGAUAACAAAAAUGUAAUAAUAAAACCUCAAUAGGUUUUUGCAUCAAACAUCAAACAUGCAUCAAACUGGGCAAUAUGAGGCAAUACACCUGAAGGCCUCUCUGCAGGUCACAUAUCAAAGAUUUUACAGCAAUAUUACUUCAUAUAUUCAGGUCAUAUCUGCAAAGAAGUAAAAAGAACAUAGAAUAUUUUUAUAUUUUAAAAUGUUAAAUAAUAUUCAUGCAGGUAUUGUAUUGCUUAUUGAAUAAAGAUUUACCACAAAAUAGCCUAACAU